AUGUUAAAGUUGUUACUCUCCACGCAUCGACAAAGCUGCUGGCAGGGAUUGUUACGAUCUUCUCCAUACGGUGCGGAUAGUAAGCAUGUAUUGCUGCGCAACACAAUCCAAUCAUUCGGUACCGCCCGAUCCGGCAUUCUUCAACCUUUCCGCAACACUGUCACACGUACCGCACGUCAAUCGCACACUGUGACAAAAACGGGCUCUCAAGCUGGUGGCCGUCUGGUAAAAGUUUUACUCGGAGGAACCGCAAUAAGCGUUACGCUAGGCUAUCAGUACCGAAAGUUGUUUGUCCACUGUGAAGCGUCCGUAAAUCGGUUAGCCGGACAGCGGAGCGUGCUAGACGAUGGGACAGUACGGUUCGAUUGGUGGAAAUUUUGGCGCUACCUCAAGCACCAUUUGGGCAAGCUGAUUGGUGCAGUUUUGGCUGCUCUUGCUGUAGCAUAUUUCAACAUUCAAAUACCAAAUCUGCUCGGUGUGAUCGUCAACAAGCUUGCUCGCUAUGCAGGCAGUAGUCUGAAAGACAUUAAUACCGCCAGUUUCUUUCGCGACAUGAGAGGUCCCGCGCUGUCAUUGUUUUUGAUGUAUUUGGCCCAGUCCGGCUUUACCUUCGUGUACAUUCUGCUGCUCAGCCAGAUUGGUGAGCAAAUGGCGGCCAGCAUACGGCAGGAUUUGUUCAAACAAAUCAUCAUCCAGGAUCUGGAGUUCUUCGACCACAACCGUACGGGCGAGCUGGUGAAUCGGUUGACCGCGGAUGUGCAGGAUUUUAAGUCCAGCUUUAAGCAGUGCAUUUCGCAGGGAUUGCGCAGCUUCGCCCAGCUCGUCGGUGGAGGUAUUUCACUGUUCUGGAUCUCUCCACAGUUGGCCAGCAUUGCGCUCGUUUCGGUCCCAUUAGCUGUGGGGAUGUUUUCGCUGCUUGGCCGUUCGUUGCGCCAUCUGAGCAAAAAGGCCCAGGCCCAAUCAGAGCGAGCAACUUCAGUGAGCGAGGAAGCGUUGUCCAACAUACGCACAGUACGGGCCAGUGCGAGCGAGUACAGCGAGGUAGAACUGUUCCGUGCCGAGACGGAAAAGUCGGCCGUGAUCUCUCAGCAGCUUGGUGCGGGAAUUGCCGUAUUUCAGGCGCUUAGCAAUCUGUGCCUUAAUGGGAUGGUCCUGACAACGCUUCUUCUCGGUGGUCACUUCAUGUCGGCGAAUUCCAUCAGUGCCGGUGAUUUGAUGGCAUUUCUCGUAGCGGCACAAGGUGUACAACGAUCACUCGCGCAAGGUUCCAUACUGCUCGGAUCCGUAAUUCGAGGCAUGACGGCCGGUGCUCGAGUGUUUGAAUUCCUUAGUCUGGAGCCAAGGAUAGAUCUGAAGCAUGGCUUAAUCAUCCCGGAGGGUAACUUGCAGGGAGAAAUACGCUUCGAAGGCGUACAGUUUGUAUAUCCCACCCGACCCAACCAGCGUGUUUUGAAAGAUUUCAACCUGGUACUUCGACCCGGCCAAACGGUGGCACUGGUCGGAGCUAGUGGAAGUGGAAAAUCAACCGUUGCCGCGUUGCUGGAACGAUUCUACGAACCGACGGCAGGUCGCAUUACGAUCGAUGGUUACGAGCUUGGCCACCUGUCCCCGAGCUGGCUCCGGGGAGAACUUAUCGGCUUUAUCGAACAGCAACCCGUACUGUUCGGGACGACGAUCUACGAAAACAUUCGCUACGGUCGACCGAAUGCUACGCGGGAAGAAGUGAUGGAAGCUGCCAAAGCGUCACAAUCACACGAAUUCGUUAGCCGAUUACCGGAUGGGUACGAUACGAUGGUGGGUGAGCGUGGAAUACAGCUGAGCGGUGGCCAGCGGCAACGCAUUGCAAUCGCACGAGCAUUACUGAAGCAACCGACCGUUUUGAUACUGGACGAAGCGACCAGCGCACUCGAUGCAGCCAGUGAAGCGGUCGUCCAGAGUGCGCUCGAUGCGGCCGUACUCGAUCGAACGACGCUGGUUAUUGCGCACCGUUUGUCGACGAUCCGUAACGCAGACGUAAUCGUGGUGCUGGACCAGGGCCAGAUCGUUGAAGUGGGCACACAUGACAUUUUGAUAAAGGCGCAGGGUUACUACUAUGAGUUGGUGAAGCAACAGGAACGACAACAGCGACAGGAGCAAGAUUCCAGGGCAUACGGAUAA